GGAGGAGGGGGGGGGGGAGAGGGAGGGAAACCGGCGGGCUGGGCUGGGCUGGGCGGAGCGGGGUGGGCUGCCGCUGCUGAGGGAGGGGUUUAAGACAGCCGCUGGAGGGGCAGCGGUCGCGGCCGCUGGAGCAGGAUUCGAGGCGCUCCAACUGCACGCCCAUCGAGGCACACGCUGACAUCCCUCCCUCCAUCCGUCCCGGCUCUAUAUAUUUAGCUAGGGCGAGCAUCCUCCUCCUCGCCCAGCAUCCUUCAGCUCCCACCCCGAACAAAAAGGCGAAGAAGCGGGGGGGGCUUGGAAGGGGAAGCCGGCCCGAGCGAGACAAAGCAAAGAUGGCAGGGAUCCUCGCCUGGUUCUGGAAUGAGAGGUUCUGGCUGCCACACAAUGUCACCUGGGCGGACCUGAAGAACACCGAGGAAGCCACCUUCCCCCAGACGGAGGACCUCUACCUCGCCUUCCCCUUGGCCUUCUGCAUCUUCAUGAUCCGCAUGGUGUUCGAAAGGUUCAUAGCCAAACCAUGUGCCUUCGGCUUAAAAGUUCAAGCCAAUGGACCACAAAAAGCUCAGCCUAAUGCUAUUCUUGAAAAGGUUUUCACUGCAAUUACGAAGCAUCCAGAUGAGAAGAGACUGGAAGGGCUAUCCAAACAGCUGGACUGGGACGUACGCAGUAUUCAGCGUUGGUUUCGACAGAGACGCAAUCAGGAAAAGCCGAGCACUCUCAGAAAGUUCUGCGAGAGCACGUGGCGACUUACAUUUUACCUGUAUAUAUUCAUUUAUGGAGUCCGGCAGCUGAAGCAGAACCCAUGGUGGUGGAAUACCAGGCAGUGCUGGACAGGAUACCCUUUACAGCCACUGACACCUGAGCUUCACUAUUACUACAUAGUUGAGCUAUCAUUCUAUUGGUCCUUAAUGUUUUCUCAGUUCAUUGACAUCAAAAGGAAGGACUUUGCUGUCAUGUUCAUCCAUCACAUCGUAGCGGUUGUUUUGCUGACCCUCUCAUACACAAUCAACUUCUUGCGUGUAGGGGCCUUGACACUGUGUCUUCAUGAUUCCGUUGACAUUGUGCUGGAGGCCGCCAAAUUGACAAACUACUGCAAGUGUCAAAGACUGUGCGAUAUGCUUUUCAUCACAUUUGCAAUUGUUUUCAUUAUCACAAGACUUGGAAUAUAUCCUUUGUGGAUACUGCACACAGUACUAUUUGAACUUCCUGAAAUUAUCGGCAGCUUUCCUGCCUUAUCAAUCUUUAUCAUCUUACUUCUGAUCCUUCAAGUUCUCCAUGGUUUUUGGUCUUACCUAAUAGUAAAAUCAGCUUAUAAAGCUAUUUCUAAAGGCAAGGCAAGAGAUGACCGCAGCGACGUGGAGUCAAGCUCAGAUGAAGAAACCUCACCUCCUCAUUCAAAGAUCUCCCAUAGCUCUGCCACAACCAAUGGGACCAGCGGAGCAAACGGGACAAACGGCUACCUCACCAGUGGCAGUUCUGUGGAGGAACACUAAUUUCCUUGGAUUAAGCACUGAUAACACGAACAAAAUGAACUGUUUGCUACAGGAAGUUAAUAAGUUAUGAAUGCUGGGUCUGUUCCCCCCCCCCCCCCUUCCUUAUUCUUUCUCUUGACAUCAGAAAAAAAUACUUAAUAUAUUUAAAUUAUUCUAAUAGUGCACUAUGUAUUUCCUGUUUGUGAAUGACAGCGCCACACCAUUCUCUUUUAUGUAGGCAUGCUGUAUUUGUAUAUAAUGACCAGAUGGGAGCAGUAUUUUCUUCUGUAGUCACUGAGUAUUAUUUUUUUAUAGAUAGAUAGAUAGCUAUUUUAUUUGGGGGGGGGGGUUACUUGCAGGUGAAAGGGAACUUCCUGGAUAAUUUUCUUUUGAUCUUCAUCCAAGCUGGAGAUUGCCAGGUGGAGGUGUGUCUUCUUCCCGUGAUUGGUCAAUUUGGCCCAACACUUGAGGCAUCUGCUUGAAUUUCACUCCUACCAAAAGUUCCUCCUUCAGUUUUCAGAUUCCUUUGCUAUUUUUGUGUGUGUGCUGAAGGAUGCUGGAUUUUGAGAUUGCCAGUACAAUCACAGUGGGUGGUGACCAUCCCCUGUCCUCAGUAUAAGGUUUAUGAAAUAAUGUGUUCAUGUUUAAGUAGCUUCUAGUGGAGGUCAGUUUAGUGAUUCAGACUAAACUGUAGUUACUUGAAGAUGCGCUUUUAUCAUUAUUUUGAACUCCCAAAGCUGGUGAUGAAUUAGAAUAGAAGAAACUUCACCAUUUGCGUAGACACAUAAGCUACAUUUUCGUCGAGUUACGAUUACCUCCUCCAGCGGAAGGAUCACAUCUUGAAAAAAAUUCAGUCUCAACAUUAUUGUUGUGUGGCUUUCAUACUGAGGUGCUUUUCAAGGGUGGGGUGGGCAUUAACUGUUGACCCCCCCCUCAAGUUACACUUGAUACUUAGAAAAUUAGCAAUAGGGUAAACGAGACAGCAAAAAAAAAAAGUUAGAAAUAACAUGGAUCAGAUGCGCAAAGUAUUAGAAUUUACAAUCUGUUGUGACAGAGUAUUAAAGAGAAAUCAGAAUGUGUUACUUUUCACCAGCUGCAGGGGUGUGGGUGCCACUGGCUCUGGAUUGUACCAGUUCAAAUAAGGGAGCGGUGUCACAUUACGGGAUGCUUUUCCAUACACAUCAGUUCCCCAUAUGAAGAGCACGAGCACGUUAGGAGCAGGAUUCCAGGCUGGAACCAUUCCAAACCCUGCUCUCGACAGGCUGUGAUUUUUUUUAUAUGCAGGGAAUUAUUUUGCACGGAGCAGGAUGUGAUGUCAUCAGAUGCCCCAGCCUGUCGUCUACAGUUCAGCCAGGACAAGUUUUGCCUGUGAGUGGAAAAUUAGGCCUUACACUAUCAACCUGGAGUUUGUUUUACUGCAUACGUGCUGACACUCUCCCAAUUAAUCAAGCGUGCAGUCCCCCAAGUGCUGCUUCAGAGCACUCCUCCUUUUCCUAUGUGCUCUGGGCAGGUUGCGUGUGCCUGGUGCACAUCCAAGAGGCUCUGAUUUGAAGGGUGGAGAGCAUCGCCUCAGUUUUUCAAGGCCACACCAAUUCAGUUGUGGGACCACAGUGGUCCUUUAACGCCAAUUCGCACAACUAGGAGGAGCAACCUCCCUUGCCCUAGCAAAGACUGCGUAAGUCUCAUUGUUGUAUUAUUCCCCCCACCUACCACCCUUUGUGUGUGGGGGGGAACGUACCUGCCUUAACCAGUAGCACUUGCCACGUUUCCGGAUCUAAUGUCCAAUCCAGGAGCAGAAGAGACUGCUUGCUGGAUGUGCCCUGAUAGAAAUUCAUACAAAACCUCCAAGCCUCAUUUUAAUUAUUAGAAAGGUAAAACUGGAGGUGAUGUCCCCCUUCCUUUUCCUUUAGCAGAAGAGCAACGGUGUAUCCGUAAGGGUAACAGUCCCAAAAGAAAUUGGGAGGAGUUAUCGCCUUACUUAAGAAACUGUUCCUUUUGUAUUUUUAAUCUCUCUUUGCUUGAAGCUUCCUUAUUUUCCAAAAAGAUCCUUAUCGCGGAAGCUAUUUCUCUGCCUAGCCAUGCAAGUGGCAGCCAAUUAAAAGUAUUCUGUGUGUUUUCCUCUGUGCAGUUUUGUUUUCUACCAGUGCUGUGCGCAGAAGAAAUGUGUGUGCCUAAGAACUUCCAGCAGCAGUAUAGAUGAAAAUACCCUGGAAGCAGGAAACUCCCUACUGUGAAUCAUAACAUUUGUCUCUCCGCUAGACACUGUUUUGAACUAGUUUUGUUUCCUACUACAUGCCUGUGCUACAGAAUCUCACGUGAACAUCUUGUUGAGCCAUGCAUGUUUUACAUGGCUUUGUUCUGUACUUGAGAGACUGGGAAAUGGCUGUUGUAUUUCGGAGAGGAAAGACAGUUAUCUUUGAGCUCCCAUUCCUUAAUCAUUUCUUAUCGAUAUAGCUUUUUUAUAAUUUUUGAAACCAACCAAAGUUGAAAGCUUCCUCCUCUCACCCCCGCCCCAUUGAAUUGGGUUGUCCUCAAUGGCUGUUGUGCUUUAACGAAGGUCCAGUUUAUAGCUCUUCAUGUUGUAAAAAAGAAAUUUUGAGACCUAGGAUGUGUUGAGAUUUGCGGGUGGGUCUCGUGGAGGAUUUCUGCAAUGGAAGAGAACGUGGUUUUCACUCAUUGUUCCCCCCCUUCUGUUGCAGACCUCAGACUCCAUCCUUACGUUGUUCUUGAGGAUCCAUGCCCCCCCAAAGCAGAAUUUCAUGGGGUCAUUUGGGGCAGCAAGGGAGGAAAAGACUUGGGAAGUUUGUUCUUCUUUCAGCCAAAAUGCUCUGCAGGAUCCAAGCCCUGAUAUCGAACCACUCUUGCAAAGACAAUUCAACAAAACCCCUAGAGAAGUCAGUUAUGUUACAACAUGUUAAAAGAAAAUAGUGGUGGUGUUCUCUAUUGAAAAGCCAGGGUGGAGAAGGCAAAUGAAGGGUUUGUCCAUUAACUGCCCUGUAUUUAAUAGCUGAAAAGCAGGAACGAAAUAAACAGUACCCAUGUAUGUUAGCUACAGGUUAAUUGCCUGCUAGAGUUUCUUUUUCCAUCCCCACACUGUAAUUCAGGAGUUAUCACAGGUUGGCUUUUGUCUCUUAUGUAGCUUUGCUUUUCCUGGAGACUAAAGGAUAGGAUCCAGAUAGGAUCCUGGCUCUUCUGUGAAAGAUUUGAUUUUGUUUAUUCCUUGUUUGUUUGCUUGCUUUAAAAAGCAGGUGCAAGGAGGCUAGAUUCUGAUUGGGACUGUUAAAAAUAGGGAGUGAAAACUCCCCCACCCACCCUGUGCAGUUUUCCGGACCUGAAUCAGUCCCAAAGAUCUGAGAUUUGCUCACCUGGGCAAACAUGAAGUUAUUUGUAUUGGUAUAAGUACGGUCAGGAAAAAGUUGCGUAUGGUGUGGGGAGGGUUAAAUUCCCCCUAGUACCGCAGUCCUUUCCUGAACUGUGUCCCCCGCACACUAUGUAAAGAAAGAAGCUUGCAGGCUACAUUCAGCAUCAAAUUCGAUUUGGCCAUAACUCUGUAGAGCUAAGCUGGAUUCUUAUAUGCAGUAUGAAGAAUGGAAGUCUACAUGGGCGUGAUGAACAAGAGGCUGAAAGCAUGAUGUAAAGAACACACUUCGGAGAUGCAUUGGUAUUGGUAGUCGUAAUUAUUUUUUUUUUCUGCUAAUGAUGAAUACUGAUUUGGGAGGGGGGACUCUGUUCAUUAAGAGACAGAAUCUUUCAAUGUUGAACAAUAUUACUUAGGAUGGGGGGAAGUCGUGAACAGAUAGCUGGUCUUUUCUGAACUCGUAGCCAUUAUAUUGAACAAUGCGGUCAGGAUUGACAGCUGCUAACCAUUAGAGUUCUUUCUGGUUGCAUUCAUUCCGAGAUGAGAUGCACACUAAAUGGUUUGAUAUAAGGGAAGCUCCUGAGCUUGGCUUCUGACCGCUUUGAAAAAGUAAUUGGACUAUAGAAACUGUAGUAGAUCUACAGCAGGGUUAUUACAAUUCAAUAUACAUUGACUAUCCUCUACCAUUUAAUGCCAUUGAUAUCCCAGUGUGCAGACAAAGUCCCUUUGCAGAGGGAGAUUCCCCAUAUAAGGUAGAUCAGAAUGUACAGCAAACACCCUUGGCGAUGUACACGCUAAGCACACGCCUCCUGCUACUGUGCACGCAAGGAGCGUAUGACUCUAGAGCAAAUAUGUUCAAUCUUAUUGUAUUUCUGGGAAGUAGGGAUUAUUCCACUUUCUGAAUUUCUGUUCUGAAUAUUAUUUAAAAAAAAUAACUGUUCUUGGUAACAAACAUUCUUAGAACCCUUUUAGCGCUAGAAUUAAGAGAUGCAGUGACUUGGAUAUAUAGAGUAGAAAAAUGAAGAAAACCACUUAUGUAGAACGUAGAAGUGAUUAGGUAGACUGAGCGUCCUGUUAGCCAGCCCUGGGGAUAGUCAAGUAAGACCCAUUGUUGUUUGCAUUUACUCUGUUAAGUAUUGACACGUAGGUUGCUGAAAGAAGAAAACAUGUUUUGUAAAAAAAAAAAACGUUGGACUAGCGUCUGGUGAGUAGGUUUCUUAAGCAUAUAUCCAGUUGAGGGUGGCCGUAUGUAUUCGCAACCUCUAUCCAGGUUGUUGAAUGCCAGAUUUAAAAUGCCAAAAAAUGAAAUAGAUGUAUUCUUGUUGCCAUAUUCCAAAUUGUUCAUUUUGUGUCUUCGUGGUGGAGCUAGUUUGCAAGUUUCCUUUGAUGUAUUCUCAAGGCAGGGAGCCCCUUGACUUGGGCCCUAGUAUGUAGGCUGUGCCCAUGGCAGGGUACGCAUCACUUCCCUGCCAUAUGGAGAAGCUUAAAUAUGAAUUUGGUCUCCUGCACAUAAAUAGCUAUCUUUUUUUAACAAUUUUUUUUUUUCAGGAUACAUGCUGGUUGAGUCUGAUUACAACGAGGCAUAUGACUGAUUUCACAUUCAGGUUUCCAUGUGUAGCAGCAGGGAAAGUUGCAGACGUCCACCGCUCUCUCACCUUGCCAUGUGCACAGUCUACAUCUCAGCACUGGUCCACAGCCUGUUUGCAUGUGGGGAAAUUGCAGACUGUUGUUCAUGAACGAGAUCAGGCUACACAGUACAGAGUUUGCUCUUCUGAGGAGAAUUUACAUGAACACACACACACACACACACACCAUUGUCAUGCCAUGAAUCUGGUUUCUGCCUUACAACUGGUGGUGUUAGGAAGCCAUUGACUGGAUCUGCAAUCAAGCAAGGGAUCUAUAAACCCUGAGGGCUUGGGAUCCAGUUGUAGGGAAAGGAAAGGAAGCAUCAGUGUGUAACUAUGGAGGUCCUUCACUGAUGUCUUUAUGCAUUGCCCCCCUUCCUUCCAAGUAACUUUAAUAUCUGAGCUGAGCAUGCUGUAACAAGCAAGACAAUAGUUCACAUCUGUGUGUAUGCGUAUGCGUGUGCUGUAUUUUGCAAUAAACUAUGGAAAGAUUGUUGUGUAACCAAAUGCCACAUGGUUUUGAAUGUUUCACAUUGCACAUAGGAAGGUAUAGGUUACACAGCAUUCUGGUGGUUCAGGUUGGUCAUCCUUUCUGCCAUCCAGCUUGAUUGGCAGAUCAUGGCAUAGGGUUUCUGAAAAUAGGGCUAUUACCCACCAUAUUUCACAUCUGGAAAAAUAUGCACAGAGAGACUUGGGUUUUCUGUAAAUUUCCCAUGUGAGUGCAAGAUGAUUUCUUUGUUGCCCCAAUUGCUUAAUAUUUUGUAUUUAUUUUUAUUUACUGCAGAGUGAUAAUUUUGUGUUGUAAUAACCUGGAUAACUCAUGCCCACAUGAAGAAAUUGCCGCAGUUCUGUAUGCCAAUGUGAAAAUGGCCAAAAAUACUCCAAAUCACAGUGUUCUUCAACAUAGAGUUGCCUUGGAAUAAUAAAUAUCAAAACAGCUCUUAUUGAACCAGUGGGGUGUUGUAUUUCUACAUGUUGUUGGGUUUUUUGCACUUUGUUUUAGUUUCUUUUGGGAUGCUGGAAAAAAAAACAUGCAUUUUAAACUUCUCUUUUUCAGAUAGCAGUGAGUUUGGAAGACAUAUACAUAGCAUAUUUUUACUUUCAGGUAGUUCUGAUUUGUAAUUACAGUAAAACUCUGCACCUUAUAAAGUUCUUCACUUAGGAAAUCUCUUCCGCUUGUUUCAGUUGAGGGGAAAGGUGUAUGUGCUUUAAUAGUAUUUAUUUGAAACUUGACUUCCGCCUCGUACUUCAGCGAUAAGACAUGUUGAUCAGAACUCUUUGGUAAUGAUACUCAUCUCCAAACAAAAAGGAUGGUACAUACAAAUCUGUAUUGGAGCUGUUUUGUCCCUGCAUGCAAAUUUCUAAAUAAGACUGUAACCAUCAGUCUGUGUUCUAUACGGUGGUUAUCUUCCACACAUUGGGGCAGGAGACAACGGUGCAAUUCUUUUUCGCCUGUGUUUUCAAGACAAUCCAGUGUUUGAGCAACUCUUGCUGUGACAAUAACAUACUGGUAUUCCACUGUUGGAAAUGCCGUGAUGUGUUAGCCUUAGAUUUUGCUUCUGGGUUUUAUAUAUAUAUAUAUAUAUAUAUAUAUAAAUUACAAUUCCUCCUGGAAUAUUUGGAAUUAAUCAAUAUUGUGAACUUUUAAUUUAAAAACACUUUCAUAAUAAACACUAAGUAUUAGGAACGG